GCAACAGCUGACGAGCUCCGGAGCUGUGGAGCUUCAGUGGAGGAACAAAGAGAGGAGCACGGACACCUCCAGGGUCCAGGGAACGGUUCUUCAGUCUGACAUCACACCCGGUUACCGGACAGGAAGCGAGAUGAGGCACUCGGUGGCACCGGGAGAACAUGUGGAGAACAGCUGCUUCUCGGUGACAGGCUUGUUAAAGAUGUGCUCCCAUUGUGAGCCGCUCGGCAAGAAGGACUUGGGAGUGAGGAUCCCAAGACCCUUAGGAAACGGACCAAGCCGAUUUAUCCCUGAAAAAGAGAUCCUUCAAGUCAGUAAAGUGGACCCCAGAACACAAUCGAUAUUCGAGGAUGCGUUCGCAGCCCUCGGACGUCUGGAAAACAUUUCCCUGGUGAUGGGCUUCCACCCCCAGUACCUGGAGAGUUUCCUCCGGACGCAGCACUACCUGCUGCAGAUGGACGGACCCCUGUCUUUGCACUACCGACACUACAUCGGCAUCAUGGCGGCAGCUAGACACCAGUGCUCCUACUUGGUCAACCUGCAUGUGAACGACUUCCUCCAGGUCGGGGGGGAUCUGAAGUGGCUGAACGGCCUGGACCAGGCGCCGCAGAAGCUGCAGCAGCUCGGGGAAAUCAACAAAAUCCUGGCCCACAGACCCUGGCUGCUCACUAAGGAACACAUCGAGCGCCUCCUGAAAGCUGAGGAGCACAGCUGGUCCCUGGCCGAGCUCAUCCACGCCGUGGUCCUCCUCACACACUACCACUCCCUCGCCUCCUUCACGUUCGGCUGCGGCAUCAUGCCCGAGAUCCACUGCGACGGCGGACACACCUUCAGGCCCCCCUCCCUGAGCCAGUAUUGCCUGUGUGACAUCGCCAACGGCAACGGCCAUAUUUAUCACCAUGACGAUCGGCUCGGAAACCAGGAGGUGUGUGGCGAGGUGGAGGUGCUGAUGGAGCGCAUGAAGCAGCUGCAGGAGUGCGACGAGGAGGAGGCCAGCCAGGAGGAGAUGGCGACCCGCUUCGAGAGGGAGAAGACGGAGAGUAUGCUGGUGGUCACAGCGGAGGACGAGGAGUCUGUCCCCUCCAGGGAAAUCUCAAGACACUUUGAGGACCCCAGUUACGGCUACAAGGACUUCUCCAGGAGGGGGGAGCACGUGCCCACGUUCAGAGUGCAGGAUUACAGCUGGGAGGAUCACGGCUUCUCUCUGGUCAACCGACUGUAUCCUGAUGUGGGUCAGAUGCUGGACGAGAAGUUCCAGAUGGCCUACAACCUGACCUACAACACCAUGGCAACGCACAAGGAUGUGGACACCAGCAUGCUGCGUAGGGCCAUCUGGAACUACAUCCACUGCAUGUUUGGCAUCAGGUAUGAUGACUAUGAUUAUGGAGAGAUAAACCAGCUUCUGGACCGUAGCUUUAAGAUCUAUAUCAAGACCAUGGUGUGUAGUCCUGAGAAGACCACCAAACGAAUGUAUGAAAGUUUCUGGAGGCAGUUUCAGCACUCCGAGAAGGUCCAUGUUAAUAUGCUUCUUAUGGAAGCGCGAAUGCAAGCAGAACUGUUAUACGCUCUGAGAGCGAUCACCCGCUACAUGACAUGAAGUGCUUAUGGCAAUUUUAUCGUUGUCUUUUUACUGUCGUUGUUGUUGCUCAUAAUGGGACACGCCAAGAAAAAGGAAAAUCAAAGCGAGCAAGGGAGGGGGUUUAAAAAUCUGGAGGAGAGUCCUGGGUUGUCACGGUGCUUCUUGGAUGGAUGUUGAGAAGAGGAUCAGAACAAAUGGAAAGCAAGAAAAAGAAGAAAAAAAAACAACUGCUGAAGAAGAAAAGUCAUCUCAAACUCCAAGUGGAUUCACAAACACGUCUGUGUUGCCUGCAGUGCCAAAAGCGACCAAGAGAGGUCAGCCUGGGGCAAACUCCUGCUCAGCUGGGGGGUUUGUGCCGGGCCGGAGCACUGACACCGGAGGCAUCCAGGGAAGACAACGUUUCAGUAUCCCAGCACAGGGCAACACAUCGGUUGCCAACCUCUUCUCUCUCCUGUAGAAAAUCCCCAGAAUGCCGUGCAGCCACAGAGUCUGCACUUUGAACCUGUCGUCACUAUGAUGUUUGUUUAGUUUCUUGACGUAUCAUUUUUUAUUUUAUUUUGUAUUAGCAGAUGUGGAUGUUGUCGAUGUGGUUGCUGUUAGUGGAGAUGGAAGCGUUAACUUUGGGCUGUGUUUUGUUUUACGUGUGCCUGAACGAUCCAGCACAGUGUGCAUACGUGCUGAUGCUGCUGCUCCCAUGUUGUAUUCAGCGGGAUCAUAUUGAUCCCCAAUCACCCAACCACCCCCACCUCAUUAUGCCCCCUAUCCAUUCGAAAUCCACUGCAUUACCCCCUUCCUCACCCCCCCCCCAACCCAAAAUCUCAAAUGUCAAUUUAAGCUAAUCCAAGGAUUGUGUGAAACCUGGAGAGGUGUGGAGAGAAACUCAAAGAACACUGAGCCCUUUUUGAGUUUGACUUUACACGUGUGGAUGAGUUUCUGUGUUCAUGAUGACUGAGGUGUGAGUGUGUGUUUGUGCGCGUGUGUGUGUGUGUUUCACACACGACAGAAGAAAAAAAAGUACGUCUUUGAAUUUCAUGUGUCAAAAAGAAAAAAAAAUGUAAGCGAGGCACCUAGAAGGAAAGACUUCUUGCUUCUGCUGUAGCUCUGUUUUUGUGAGAUAACUGUUUUAUCAUUUGUUGAUGAUGAUGUUGUUUAUUUUUCUGGUAAGGGAGAAAAGAAAGAAAAAAAAAAAUCUUAAGAAAAAGUUAGAAACCAGGUUUUCCAGGAGGGAUUUGCUUCCGGUUGCCCUAACCACACCUUAUCUGUCUUCCGCUUAUCCCAGCUGCCUGGUCGCCCUAACACUUUUGAAGCUUUGGAUUGUGAAUUUUACCAGUAAAUAAAUACCUCUUCUGUUUUUUCACUAUAAGAAACAUAUGAGAAGUGCUCUUUGUUGAGCAGAGACUCUUUCCGGGCCGCCGGGUUCCCUUUGCUCGGGGAGCCGGCUCGCCCACACAGGGCCGGCUGCGGUCGAUCAGCUGCCGAGCGCAGGAGGUUGUAGCUGUGCUUAUUUCCCUGCUGGGGAAGUCUAACAAGUGCAAAAGCAGCUUAUUUUUUUUAUUUUGAAACGGAGGUGUAAAGCCUCUAAUGUUUUGUUUUUGUUUACUAAAACCAGUUAAGUACUGCAUUCUCCUGAGGUUGUGUUGAGAGAAUCAGACAGAUGAAUGAAUGAGUGAUAUCUGGAGGAGGAGGAGGAGGGUGGUGAUGAUGAAAAAAAGGAAUGGUACAUUUGGAAGUGGUUUGAGAGGAAGUGGAGUUUUUUUCAGACUUCUGACUGAUGUCAGUUACUGACACUUUUAUACGAAACUAUGAAAAAGAUGGAAAAAAAUAAAACUAUGAUAUCGAAUUGUUGUGUAUCAUUCGUAGUUUUCUCCUAAGUAAUUUCAUUGCUUUAUCAAAGAGAUUGUUUUUUCGAUGUGGAGAGGCCUACACGAUUCAGGAAUCAAAGAGUCACACAGCACAAUCACUGUCACCAUCGGCUCACUUCCACCACAUCAGUUGCACAAGUACGGGACAUUUGUUAACUUGUGGUAAUUACGAAGCAUAUUUCAGUGCUUUUAUGCAAAAGAUGACUAACUGAGACGUGAGUGUCGGCCUCACAUCCCUUAUUUCAACAAAGCAGACGUCAUUAGAAAGUAGGCUGAACUCAGGGGGAUGGUCCUGUUGGUCAUCAGAGCAGUCCAGGGACUUUUCAUGUGAGUUUUGUUUUACUGUAUAAGCUUGAGAGGUCAAAAUCUUCUUUUGUGUGCUCUUGACCAACAUUCAGAUGGAGUUGAGGGGGAUUUCUUUACCUCGCUUUUCCUGUCGCCCCUCACCGGGGAACAAAUCCUCGUGAGUCUGUUAAUCUGUCGGUAACUUCAGGGUGUCGCCCAUCGGGGCCACAUAGGCCUGAACGUCAAAACACGAUCACCAGCAGAAACUCGAUUAUCCCCGCUGACCAAACUGCCUUCUCAUAUCUAUCGGCUUUCCCCUAUGACGGAAACCAUGAAUAUACGUCAUAGGAAGCAUUUCUAGAGCAACCUUGAUAUCGGCCAACUGUCAAUUGUUCAUAUUGACCUGAGAAAUUCUGUGUAGAGAACAAUGUUUGUUAUUAGCUUAUGGCUAAUGAGCUGUUUUAAGGGGUUUUUGAAACAUCGACCUGUCUUGUGGUUGUUUGAAGGUCACUGUUGUGUGUGAUUUCGGGGAAACGGAUGUUUUGUCAUUUGCAUUAAGUGCCGUUCAUGAUUUGUUUUGUUGUAAUAACAAUGUGAUUUAAAAAUACUGUUCCUUAGGCUACUUGGUGUAACUUGUGAGCACUGCCUGGCCCCAUAUCUGUGUAACAAUAAAGGCUGAGAAGCAAAAAUUUUUUUCCCCA